AUAUUGCAUUCGCAGCGUUUUAAAACGGGUAUCCUAGACAAUGACUUUUCACCCUCUAUUUUGUUUAAAGUCAAUAAAAGGAAACUUCAACAACAGAACCAUUAACACACACACAUGACUUUGUCAAUCCAUGCACACGUAUACACUUUUGCACCAAACCCCCAAACUUUAUAUAAAAACCAAACUCAUUUCUCCAAAUAAAAUAUACUUCCAUUCCUUUAAUUUAUCCUCAUACUUCAAAAUUCUUGAUCUUAAAAAAAUGGCCGAUCAUCAAAGAAUCCAUCCAGUACACGAACAUGAGGCGAUGGUGGUGGUUCCACUUACACCGCAGAAAGCCACCGCCCCUCUGAUUACUCGGGGAUCUUCCAAGUCGGAGCACGGCGACCCGGAGAGGCAGUAUCCACCGCCGCCGGUCCACCGUACGAUCCCGUACGCCCCGUUGAAACCGCCAAAGAGGAGAUCAAGUUGCUGCAAGAAAUGCUUGUGUUGGACCAUAUCCCUUCUGCUACUCCAAAUCGUAAUUAUCGGGAUACUAGCUGCGGUCGUGUACUUUGUCUUCGAUCCCAAAGUGCCAAAGUACUCGGUCGACGCCAUGAGAAUAACGCAGUUCAAUUUCGGCAACGACAACAGCCUGUCCGCCACGUUCAACGUGAACAUCACCGCGAGAAAUCCGAACAAGAAGAUAGGGAUAUACUACGAGAGCGGGAGCCAUCUGAGCGUGUGGUACACCGGCAGGAAGCUGUGCGAGGGUUCGCUGCCGAAGUUUUACCAGGGACACCGGAACACCACCUUGCUCAGCCUCGCGCUGGCGGGGCAGACGGCUGAUGCCGCCGGUUUGGUGCAGUCUUUGCAGGCUCAGCAGCAAACCGGAAGCAUCCCGUUGAAUAUCCGGGCGAAAGUUCCGGUGAGGCUGAAACUCGGGAAGUUGAAACUGAUGAAGUGGAAGUUCUUGGUGAGGUGCAGGGUGGAUGUUGAUAGUUUGGCUGCAAAUAAUGCCAUCAGUAUUAGAGAUAGCAGCUGCAAAUUUAGGUUUAGGCUCUGAUUAUUUAUAUAUCUUCACUUUCUUGUUAUACUUGCUUUAUCUUUUUUGUUAUUCCUUUUUUUUUUUUUCAAUUUCUUGAUGAUGAUCAUUUUUUACUAUAUAUAUAAUUGAUUUUGGGUAUUCA